GUGACACUUAAACCAGAAAAAUAAAAUAAAAUAAAAUAAAAUUUGCUUAUGUUUACGGUUACAUAGUUUAGCAGUUACUAUUAAUCUCUUACUUGACCUUUCUUCCCACAAAUCAAAUCUCUCUUUCUCUUAAUUUGUAGUAUGGUUCCAAAGAAAACUUAGAGUAUCACAAUCACCAAUUACACUUUGCUUCAAAUAUCACACACCAUCAUCAUAUUCUACUCUACUCCCUUCUCUGCACUACCAAUUUUUACCAUAAUUCAAUCUUUGAAUUAUUAAAUUCAAAUGUCCAUUUAAGUAUUGUUAAGCAAACAAUACAAGAAUAUAAGUUUUUUUAGAUUCAUAAUUUCAUACAUAUAAAAGAAAUUACACAAGAACGUAUCAUCAAAUGCUGAAGGCCACAUUUCUUCUUGUGACACUCUUCAAGUUAAAACCUCUAAAAAUUCAAAGCGUUCUAAGGAAACAAUGAGUAGAGAAAGUGCUGCUACCAAGAACAAAAAAUUUGUCAAAGAUAAAUCAAAUUUGAAGGACACAACUUCAAUAUUUCGAAAACAAAGGCCAACACUUUCUCAAAACUUUUCUUUCCCAGCCAAAUCAGCUUGUGAAGAUGCUAUGCAGAAAAGCAUUGAUGGAAAAGUUAAACAUGUUCAAGGUAAUGAUGAUACUAGAGUUAAGGCCUCAUCAACUCUUCAUCAUUCAAACAAAUCCAAAAACUCUGAAAUGAAUUCAACCAAGGAAAAAAGAAACAAUGAAGGUUCAAAUAAAAGGACUACUUUGACAUCAAUGCCUAGUUUGAAGCGUUCUGUGAAUUCUGCUGUUCGUCAGAGAAACAUAUGUUCUGGAUUUUCAUCCAGAUUGGAAGAAAGAGCCGAAAAGCGGAAGGAGUUUUACUCAAAGUUGGAGGAAAAAACUCUAGCCAAGGAAGCUGAGAAAACUAACCAACAAGCCAAAUCAAAGGAAAACCAAGAGGUAGAGAUCAAGCAACUGAGGAAGAGCCUGACUUUCAAAGCCACUCCAAUGCCAAGUUUCUAUAAGGAACCACCUCCAAAAGUUGAGCUAAAUAAGAUACCAACAACUCGUCCAAGAUCUCCAAAGCUUGGAAGGCACAAAGAAUCUUCUGCUAUGAACAACAACUCAGAAGAAACUAAGGCAAAUAUCAUAAAGAUGUGAUUUCAAAGAAACAGAUGAGUAAAACACAAGUCAAGGUGAAGUUACUAUUGGAGUAUAAAUUCAUAUCAUUAUUAUGUAAGAUUAGGACUCUGUCAUUAACUAGUAUUGUGAAUAUACACUUUGGUUUCAUUAUUAUGUUACUGUCUUUUUAACAUUGUGUAGCCUUUUGUGAUGUCUCUGAAGAAUUUAAAAUGUCCUUUAUGUUUCCAACAA